CUUUUUCAACUUUUUUUCGUGGUUUUAACUUCUUCUUUUUUGCAGGUUCUCUUGAGAGUUAUCUUCCGGUUCUGUUUGAGACCAAACCAGUGUCAGAAUAGAGCUUCCACUCUGGUUGUUGGUUGCUGAUUUGCUAAGAAUUUUAAAGGGUGGGGUAUCGGAUCCUUAACUUAUGGCGAACCGCGACUUGUUGAUCGGAAAAAAUCAAGAUUUUUCGUUGCGGCAGAAUCAGUAUGUGGAAAUAGGGCGUAAUGCUAACUUUGUUCAUAGUCGUAAUCAUGAUUUAGUACGUGCAGAGCAGAUCCAUGAUGUUGAUUUGGAAAUUAGACCAACUCAUGAUCAUGAUCAUAAGAUAGAAACUUCUCAGACACACACGGAUGAUGUAGCUCUAUCCCAUGAUAAUGCUCAUAUUUUUUUUGAGAAUGGGUUCGAUGUGGAUCAGAUUGACUACCCUGGUGCGGAGGAAGAUCAUGCUGGUGUUGAGAAACAUGAUGAUCAAUUUGCUGAUGUCGUUGAGCAUCAUGAAUUUGGUUUGCAUGAUGGUACUGAGUUGACCCUUGUGAAGAGCCAGGAUCUUUCGGAUAUGCUUGCAUGGGAUAGUUGA